GGUGUUUCAUACAGACCUGGCAACCGUGAGAGCUUCAACCCUGCAACAACAUUCAUUCAUUGAUUAGUUGGAAAGGCUGCGGCUUGCCAUCUCAAGGGUGCCAGAUGUAGUUGAAGGGCCUGUCCUGUGGUUCUGCCACAACACUCCUCUCAUCCUCCUUGCACUGCAUGGCUUCAUCUGAACACAUCUCUCCUCUCGAUACCGUAGCCCUCAUCCGGCAGCCCCUCAUGCUUUGGACGAGGGCUGCUCACAGACUGCCUCAUGACUGCCUGGAUCGUUCUGCCAGUCAGCCUGUCGGCGUUCUCCAUCACAGGGAUAUGGAUAGUGUAUGCCAUGGCAGUGAUGAACCAUCAUGUGUGUCCAGUCGAAAACUGGACAUAUAAUGUGACUUGUAAUGAGGAAACAGCCAAGAGGGGCUUCCCCAAGACCUGUUGUACUCUACAGGACAUCCCUCUCAUCAGUAAAUGCGGCUGCUACCCACCUGAGAGCUGUCUCUUCAGUCUCAUAGGCAACGUCGGGGCCUUUAUGGUGGUGAUGAUUUGCAUGUUGCGUUACGCUCAUGUGAUUGAGCACAGCCACCAUUGCUGGGUCAACACAAGUGCGCUGGUGUCGGGUUGUGUUAAUGCUCUGGGACUCGUCAUGGUGGGCAACUUCCAGGUCGACCAUGCGAAGACUUUGCACUAUGUGGGGGCCGGUGUGGCAUUUCCUGCAGGCCUGUUAUUCGUGUGUCUGCAGUGUGUGCUCACGUACCGCAUCGCCGAGACUGCGCUAGACUUCUGGAUGGCCCAUGUGCGCGUGGCUCUGUCAGCUGGAGUGCUGAUCUCGCUCAUCCUCAGCGGCAUCUUCUUCAUUCACGAGAGCUUCGUGUUGCAGCAUGCUGCCGCCAUCUGCGAAUGGAUCUUCACCGUCCUUGUCCUGGUCUACUAUGGAACCUUCACCUACGAGUUUGGCAGCGUCAGCCGCGACACCCUGAUGGCUGCCCUCGUCAACGGUAGGCCGCAUGACAGCUCAGGCCCGGGAGUCAUCAUGGGAGGCAUGGGGAAAAGCGUGCCCAUGGGCUGUGGUGCUCGCAGCAUGAAGUCGCCUGGAGGAAGCAGCACCUCCACACACCUCAACUGCACCCCGGAGAGCGUCGCCAUGUUAUAGUGGAUGACUAACGGAGGAGAGGUUAGGGCUCAGAAACUGAAUGGGGCUCCUGAAUCGAAUCAUCCUGCUCGGACAUGCUUCAUCAGAGACGCACCAAACGUCAUGUGAUACCUCAGGCCAACUCCCCUGACACAUACAUGCAAUUGGUUAUGAUCUGCACUCAUCUUUUCCUUUCUUUUUGCUGAUCCCUUUUUUCCCCAUUCACUUCCAUUCAUUUUUGGCCCCGUUCAAAUGAAUGGAGUUCUGCUCAGUAACACUUCACCAUACAUCCACUAAACUUCAUUUGGCACCUCAGGCCAACUCACCCAUCACAUCACAUCACACACACACACACACACACACACACACACACACACACACACACACACACACACACUGUUAAAGCUCUGCUGCAUCUUGUGCUAUACAUCUUGUGCUCUCUUCAGACAAUGCAUUUUCUAGUUAUUAUUAUUGUUGUUAUUUUCUAUCAUCAAAACAGCACACUGAAUAUUUCUGGAUAAAAAGAGUUGUAAAAA